UACUCGACGCCCGAGGGCGCGGUGCGCGAGGAGGCGGUGCGGCUGCGGCGCGUGGGCGGCCAGACGGUGCCGCAGGUGCGCGGCCGCGUGCGCUGGACCAGCCCCGAGGGCCGCGCCUUCGAGCUGCGCUACGAGGCCGACGAGAACGGAUACCGCGUGCACCCGCAGUCCUACUCGACGACAGGUGAGGCGGCGGCGAACCCGACAGCUGGUGAGAGCGAGGUGACCUUGAACGAUCAGCUGGCGCCAUUCGACCUCGCCGGCGCGGAAGCCAAUAGGCGACCACAGCGGCGGUCUCGUCUCCCGCAGUCGGCGAAAGAACUCGUGCAUUAA